UGGUUACGUUCCACUCCCAUUCAUAUUCCUUUCAUUCUCUUCUGUCUUCUCUACCCCUAACUCCCUCUAAGAAAGGCCCCACUGCAUAACAACAAUGGCUCCCCCUUCAGUUUUGGAGAACUGCUUAGAGGAUUCAAACAGUGAAACUUACCCUGACAUCAAUUGGGAGGACAUUGGAUUUAGUCUAGUUCCCACUGAUUACAUGUAUGUAAUGAAAUGUGCAAAGGGUGAAAAGUUUUCACAUGGAAACCUCAUUCGUUAUGGAACCUUUGAGGUCAGCCCUGCUGCUGGCAUCUUAAAUUAUGGACAGGGGAUCUUUGAGGGGCUAAAGGCAUAUAGAACCGAAGAAGGGUCUAUACUUCUGUUUAGGCCAGAGGAGAAUGCCCUGCGCAUGAAGGCUGGUGCUGACAGAUUGUGUAUGACUUCCCCAUCCGUUGAGCAGUUUAUUAAUGCUGUCAAGGACACAGUCCUUGCCAACAAACGCUGGGUGCCUCCAGCAGGGAGAGGAACACUGUACCUUAGGCCAUUGCUGAUGGGAACAGGUGCUGCCUUAGGCGUGGGACCUUCAACUGAGUACACUUUUCUUAUUUACUGUUCUCCUGUUAGCAACUAUCACAAGGGUCCUCUAAACUUCAAAGUGGAGGAGAAACUCUAUCGAGCAAUAUCUGGCUUCUCUGGAACUGGAGGGAUUAAGAGUGUCACAAACUAUGCCCCGGUUUAUCCAGCAACCACUGAAGCAAAGGCAGAAGGGUUCUCCGAUGUCUUAUUCUUGGAUGCAGCAACUGGAAAACAUAUAGAGGAAGGUUCUGCAUGCAAUUUGUUUGUAGUUAAGGGAAAUGCUAUCUGCACUCCCACAAUAGAUGGAGCCAUUCUGCCUGGGAUCACUAGAAAAUCUGUCAUUGCCAUUGCCCUUGAUUUGGGUUACCAGGUAACGGAACGCGGCGUAACAGUGGAGGAAAUGCUGGUUGCUGAUGAAUUGUUCUGCACUGGAACUGCAGUGGUUGUGAACAAUAUUGCAUCUGUGACAUAUAAGAAUACAAAAAUUGAAUACAAGACAGGAGCAGAGACAGUGGCUCAGAAGCUGCGCAAAACUCUGCUUGGGAUUCAAACUGGAACCAUUGAGGACAGAAAAGGCUGGACAGUCCGUGUACUUUAGAUUUAGAAUUAUAUUAACUAACAAUAAUCUUAUUUAUUAUGCAAUUAUGAAAAUGAA